GAGAGAACGUCAUUCGUUUGGAGCCUGGAUGAGAGGUGUGAUCACGAUGAUGGUGAAAAUGCUCCUGCUGCCUCUACUCUCCCUCCUGAUGUUGUUGCCAGGUGUGUUUCCCCUCAGAGCCGGAGAGAUCCAUUCCAAGGCAGGUGAGAUGGUGACGCUGUGGUGCCCUGGUUACACAAGCUUUCAUCGCGGUGAUGCCAAACUGGUCUGGACGAGUCACACAGCACAGAGGACGUAUGUGACCAACAACAUGUCUUCGGCUGAGCUGACGCAGAUGGGUGUGCUGGUUCAUGGAGGGAGCCUUGUGAUUCCCAGUGUGUCUGUACACCAUCAAGGGAAUUACUCGUGCUCUGUGGGGAAUGCAAGCAACCAGUUCUGGUUAACCCUGACAGUUAACACAGCACAAUCCAGAGAGUAUGAAGAGAGGACCAAGUACUCUAAGACAUGUUACACACAACAGUCCUGCAAAUUAACUUGCCCUGACUUAGAUAGCCCUGAUGUAAAUACCCCAAAUAUCACCAGCAACGGCAUCACAUGGCACAAGGAGGGUGAGCCGUUGCCAAACGUGGACUUUCCAAGUGUGGAAGAGAAACACGGUGGUGUUUACACCUGUACCAGAUCUUACCUGUAUCAUGGUCAAAUGUAUAAUAUGACCUAUACAGUGGCACUUGAUGUCAAACCAAAGAAAAUUGUGAAACCUGCAGUGAUCAUUUCACCUCGCAAUGCUGAUGUGUUUCAUGCUGAUCUGGGCGCAACACUGACGAUAGAUUGUCAAGCUGUGACCUAUUCAGUCUUCGAUGGGGUGUACUGGCUGACUGGGAAAUCAUUGGUGAAGAAAAACGCCAAGUUGCCAGUUUUCUCCAGUGACGAACGGGAAUGUAAUGGUGAAAAAGUCAAGAUGACGACAUCUCUGGUCUUCAACAAAGUGUCGGAGGAGGAUCUAUCGAAAAACUAUACCUGUAAACUGAGAUCUGUUUCCCAAAAAUCGAGCUUUGUCACCAUCACACUGUCCAAAACAGUUUCUAAGAUAGGUACAGUAGGUAUCUUAGGCCAACUGUACAACAAAAUUUCCCACUGGUUCAUUAGCAUAGCAAACAUACAUUCACCGGCGGGAUGCAGUCGUUUCGGUGCACACCACCCGGGACCUGCGAAGAUAUAUGUAAAGGCAGGUGGGAUGGUGGCGCUGCAGUGCCCACUGAAUAUUAAUCAUAACGGUGACGCCAAACCGAUGUGGACCAGCUUUACCAACCACAAGGUGGAUCUGACCAACAAGUCGUCAGCUGAGCAGAGGCAGAUGGGUGUGCUGCUUCAUGGGAUGAGCCUCGUUGUUAUCGGUGCAUCUGUAAAUCACCAGGGGAACUACUCAUGCUCUCUGGGGAAUGCAAGCAGCCAGUUCUGGUUCACCCUGAGGGUUAACACAGCUCAGUCCGGAGAGACAUUUGAAAAGACAUGUUACACACGACAGUCCUGUGAAUUAAAGUGCCCUGAAAUAAAUAUCCCAGAUGUAAAUACCCCAAAUAUUACCAGAUACGGUAUCACAUGGCAUAAGGAGGGUGAGUCAUUGCCAAACAUGGUUUACUUCCCAAGUGUGGAAGGGAAACACCGUGGUGUUUACACCUGUACCAGAUCUUACCUGUAUCAUGGUCAAAUGUAUAAUAUGACCUUUACAGUGGAACUUGAUGUCAAACCAAAGAAAAUUGAGAAAACUGCAGUGAUAAUUUCACCUCGCAAUGCUGACGUGUUUAAUGUAGAUCUGGGCUCAACACUGACCAUAGAGUGUAAAGCUGUGGCCUACUCAGACUUUGAUAAGUUGUACUGGUUGAGUGGGAAAUCAAUUGUGGAGAAAAACGCCAACCUGACAGUUUUCUCCAGUGACAAACGAGAAAAUAAUGGUAAAGAAGUAAAUAUGACCUCAUCUCUGGUCUUCAGAAAAGUGUCAGAGGAGGAUCUCGCAAAAAAUUAUACCUGCAAACUGGGAUCUGUUUCCCAAAAAACAAGCUUUGUCACCAUUAUACUUCAAAAAGCUCGCCAUUUGCGCAUGCCCCUGGCUCUCAGCACUGUGGGCAUCGUGCUAGUGAUGACCGUGACAGUGGUCGCCUAUGUGAAGUUGAAAAUUCACAUCACUCUUUUCUUGAGAGACACGCUUGGCUGCCAUAGAAGCACCGCAGAUGGAAAAAGCUACGAUGCCUUUUUGAUGUGUUACAAGAGCAACGCAGACGCAGGACUAAGCGAUCGGGACAGAAAAUGGCUGGAGAGUGUUUUGGAAGAGAGGUUUGGUUACAGUCUCUGUCUUUAUGACCGCAACGUCUUACCGGGGAAACCUGUAGCUGAUGCAGUGCUAGACUGCAUAGAGGAGAGCCGGACAGUGGUUUUGGUUCCCGUCUCCUCAGAUCCUGGUCUAGGGUCCAGCUUGCUGAGUGCCAUCCACGCAGCCCUUGUGGAGCGGCAGACGCGCUUGAUUUUCAUCAAAACUGAGACAACGGAAGUGUCCACAACGGGUUCCUUACCUGAGGCCCUACAACUUGUCAGUGAGGCUGGAGACUGUGUCACCUGGAAGGGCGUGAGCUCCAUGCCGCCCUCCUCCGCCUUCUGGAAACGGCUAUGCUAUUACCUACCCGCCUCGCGGCAAGCACCAAAACUAAGACAUCAACCACAGACAAUCUAGGAUGUUGCCUCAUGGUAAAGAUGUUAGGCCAAUUUCGAAUCAUCAGCCUAUGUUAGAUCUGUCUUCACUACCGUCAAAUAUGCUGUACUUAUAAUGCCUGUGCCGAAUUAAAGGAUGUCUGUUCUCUAUCAA